AUGUUACGUAUUGUGAAUCAAAAUAAUCAAUCGUUACAAGUCGUUCCUCUCAAGAAUGUGAAUAUCCAUGGUACAAUUCGUUCAUUUGCUGCUGAUGUGACAAUUACGCAAGUAUUUCGUAACGAUGAAGCAAUACCAAUUGAAGCUGUUUAUUGCUUUCCAAUAGAAGAACAAGCAGCAAUCUAUGCAUUCGUGGCUCACAUUGAUAAUCGAGAAAUUGUUGCUGAAUUAAAGGAGAAGAAAGUAGCACAAAAAGAUUAUACCGAAGCAUUAGAACAUGGUCAUGGAGCAUAUCUUAUGGAACAAGAUGAGAAGUCACAAGAUAACUUCAUUAUCAACGUUGGUGCCUUACCUCCAUCGAAAGAAUGUACAAUCACGAUCUCAUAUGUUACCGAGCUGGACCUUAUUCAAGGUUCCAUCAUUCGAUUCGUAGUGCCGACGACUAUUGCACCUCGGUACAAUCCUGAGACAGGUGGAACAGGAUCACCAGCAGAUACGAAUGCUCAGUACGUGCAAACAAGUCCGUAUACGAUCGAAUUCUGCUGUCAAGUGGAAAAGUUGGGAGGUACACAAAUUGCACGCAUCAAUUCUUCAUCACAUCCGAUUGAAAUCGAUCUUUCACAACGAGAUCAUUACACAGUGAAAUUCGCCCAGCAAAAUACUUAUCUAGACCGCGAUAUUCUAAUUAAUAUUGAACUUGCUGAAAAACAUGAUACUUUUAUUGCAACCAUUGAAUCGGAUGCAAUCACGGCUACGUUCAUGCCUACAGAAGAUGAUUGUCAACGUGUAACCAAAUUUGGCAGUGAAACAAAUGAGUUUGUUUUCGUUGUAGACUGUAGCGGAUCCAUGGACGACGAGAAUAAGAUUGGAUUAGCUCGACAAGCAACUUUACUCUUUCUAAAAAGUUUACCGAUGAAUUGUUAUUUCAAUAUUAUUCGUUUUGGAUCGAAAUAUGUGACCCUGUUCAAUCAAAUCACUGUAGUUUAUAAUGAAGACAAUGCUCGACAAGCUGAAAGGCUUGUCAAGACUAUGCAAGCUGAUUUGGGUGGCACUGAACUUUUAAAACCUCUCAAAUGGCUUGAGCAACACUCACCAACUCAAGGACGAUCUCGUCAAAUCUUUCUUCUUACUGACGGUGAAAUCUCGAAUGUUACUGAAGUACUCGACUUGUGUCGUUCGAUGGCUUUAUCAACACGAAUAUUCUCGUUCGGUUUGGGUCAAUCGCCUAGUCGCUCGUUAGUCAAAGGUCUUGCUCGAUCAACGAACGGUCGAUUUGUUUUUAUUCCUCCAAAUACCACUGUUGAUAUUCACGUUGGAGAACAAUUGCAGAAAGCUCUUCAACGAUGCAUUACUAAUGUAAAAGUGAAGUGGAAUCUCGGCACAACAGUUGUAGAAACUGUACCAAAUCAAUUACCACCAGUUUAUGCUAAAGAUCGUUUAAUUGUUUAUGGUCUCGUAGGUGACAAAUCGGUUCCGUUCGAUCAUAAUUCAUCGGUUGAACUUCAAGUUGAUCAACAGCAACUGAGUGUCGCAAGAAUCAGCCGAAUACCUAGUAUAAGUGAGAACGGAAUGAUUGCACGUCUUGCAGCCAAAGCACUCAUCUUGGAAUUGCAACAUGCUAAACUGCCUGCUAAAAAAACGACAGUUGGCAGUCGACAAUCUCGCUUCCAGGAUAACAUAAAAGAAUCAAACGAAUUGACAAUAUCGGAAAUAAAGGAAGCAGAAAAGAAACGUAUUAUUGAAUUGUCACUAAAAUACAAGAUUUUGAGUCCGCACACGGCCUUUAUCGAUAUCGAAAAACGAACAGAUGGAAACAAUGCUCAUAUGGUUCUUCGGGAAGUACCAAUUCAAAUUUCAGCUGAUGAUCAGCAUCUAACAUCAAGUCCAUAUAAUCAGACUCAUGGAUCCAUAACUCUUAAUAGCAAUCUUAUGGGCUCUUCCGUAUAUGGCACUUAUGUUGGUUAUCGUGUCGGUAUAGGUCGUGAUCGUGGCGGCGCUGCUAGAGAUGACACCUUGAAUAAAAGAUUAUAUUAUUCACUAUCAUCCUGCAGGACCUCAUCUAAAGCUAAUGAUCGACCUGAAUGUGCAAGACGACGAAGAUCAAGAUCAAGAUCAAGAUCAAGCUCAAGCUCAAGAUCAAGAUCAAGAGCAAUAUCAAGAUCAAGAUCAAGGUCGCACUCACCAUCGAAUAGGGAAGACUACUUUCUUAGCAGUUCUAAUAAGCAUACAAAAGCUGUUUCAGCGCAGUCCGACCUAUCGCAAUGGCCGUUGAACGAUCAAGAUAUCGUUCGUCACUUGAUCGAAAAGCAAAGUUUUAAUGGUCUUUGGCAUUUGGAUGUUGAAUCCAUUCAACAGUUAACAGGCAAAUCUUUGACAGACUUUCACUCGAUACAUACCGAUGUACCAGUUCUCAUUUCAGCUAUUGUACUAAUUUUACUUGAGACUCGUUUUGGCGCGCUUAUAUCCAUGUGGCAUGGUGUUGCACAAAAGGCUCGUACGAUCAUCAUCGAAAAGCUUGGCAAAGAUUCAAAAAGUCUCGAAACUUUACUUGAAAGUAUUCGGAAACAACUAUAA